GCAUCAGGCGUGACCCCUCCCUGACCUCUCCACAGUGCUGAACAGAGCAAACUGACAGCUCUCCGGUCAGCUGUUUCAACUCGGAAUAAUCUUUUUUUUUUUUUAAACGAUUACAAGGAAAUUAUUAACGGUAUAAAAUUGGAUUCAACGUAGACUAUCGAAACGUUGCGAAAUUUGCUAGCUUGCUUCGUGUAUAAUCCAGUUUUUUUUUCUCUCUCUGUCUCUCUCUUCCGCUACUUAGCACGAAUCAGCAAACGUUAGCUAACAAAUCUCUUCUGAAACCUGCGUCAAACAACUUGUUAGCGUAACUAGGGAUUUUUUAAAAAUUGUAUUAUUAUUUUUUCGCUUUUGUUGUGAAGGAAGGACUUUUACAAUGGGAUCCAGAGCAUCGACAUUACUGAGAGAAGAGGAGAUUGAAGAAAUCAAAAAGGAGACCGGCUUUUCACACAGCCAGAUCACCCGGCUCUACAGUCGCUUCACCAGCUUGGACAAAGGAGAGAACGGCACCCUCAGUCGGGAAGAUUUCCAACGGAUCCCAGAGUUGGCCAUCAAUCCUCUGGGAGACAGAAUCAUCAAUGCCUUCUUUCCCGAGGGGGAGGACCAGGUGAACUUCAGGGGCUUCAUGAGAACCCUGGCUCACUUCCGUCCUAUAGAAGACAACGAGAAGAACAAGGAUCCCACUGCCUCUGAACCUCUCAACAGCAGGACCAAUAAGCUGCUCUUUGCUUUCCAGCUGUACGACCUGGACAGAGAUGAUAAGAUCUCCCGUGACGAGCUGCUACAGGUUCUUAGGAUGAUGGUUGGUGUGAACGUGAUUUUAUUCCAGGUUCUUAGAAUGAUGGUUGGUGUGAACGUGGUUUAUUCCAGGUUCUUAGAAUGAUGGUUGGUGUGAACGUGGUUUAUUCCAGGUUCUUAGAAUGAUGGUUGGUGUGAACGUGGUUUAUUCCAGGUUCUUAGAAUGAUGGUUGGUGUGAACGUGGUUUAUUCCAGGUUCUUAGGAUGAUGGUUGGUGUGAACGUGGUUUAUUCCAGGUUCUUAGGAUGAUGGUUGGUGUGAACGUGGUUUAUUACAGGUUCUUAGGAUGAUGGUUGGUGUGAAUGUGGUUUAUUCCAGGUUCUUAGGAUGAUGGUUGGUGUGAACGUGGUUUAUUCCAGGUUCUUAGGAUGAUGGUUGGUGUGAACGUGGUUUAUUCCAGGUUCUUAGGAUGAUGGUUGGUGUGAACGUGGUUUAUUCCAGGUUCUUAGGAUGAUGGUUGGUGUGAACGUGGUUUAUUCCAGGUUCUUAGGAUGAUGGUUGGUGUGAACGUGGUUUAUUCCAGGUUCUUAGGAUGAUGGUUGGUGUGAACGUGGUUUAUUCCAGGUUCUUAGGAUGAUGGUUGGUGUGAACGUGGUUUAUUCCAGGUUCUUAGGAUGAUGGUUGGUGUGAACGUGGUUUAUUCCAGGUUCUUAGGAUGAUGGUUGGUGUGAACGUGGUUUAUUCCAGGUUCUUAGGAUGAUGGUUGGUGUGAACGUGGUUUAUUCCAGGUUCUUAGGAUGAUGGUUGGUGUGAACGUGGUUUAUUCCAGGUUCUUAGGAUGAUGGUUGGUGUGAACGUGGUUUAUUCCAGGUUCUUAGGAUGAUGGUUGGUGUGAACGUGGUUUAUUCCAGGUUCUUAGGAUGAUGGUUGGUGUGAACGUGGUUUAUUCCAGGUUCUUAGGAUGAUGGUUGGUGUGAACGUGGUUUAUUCCAGGUUCUUAGGAUGAUGGUUGGUGUGAACAUGUUUAUUCCAGGUUCUUAGGAUGAUGGUUGGUGUGAACAUGUUUAUUCCAGGUUCUUAGAAUGAUGGUUGGUGUGAACGUGGUUUAUUCCAGGUUCUUAGAAUGAUGGUUGGUGUGAACGUGGUUUAUUCCAGGUUCUUAGAAUGAUGGUUGGUGUGAACGUGGUUUAUUCCAGGUUCUUAGGAUGAUGGUUGGUGUGAACAUGUUUAUUCCAGGUUCUUAGGAUGAUGGUUGGUGUGAACAUGUU